CCCAACAAAAACCCAAAAAAGAGAAAAAGCGCGGGAGAUUUGCUCACCUGCUCCUCACUCACCGAUUGCACUCCGGAAAUGCCCAGCGGCGGCGUUAGAGAGCUCACCGUUCUUUCCGAGUUCAAGCCCUUCGGUUUAACCGCAGAAGCUGCUGAUGGCGGUAAUUCUUCCUCCGACGAUUACCAUUACUUCCUCUUCGAUCCCCAGGUCGCCAAACAGCGGGAUGAGGCGGACGAGCUUGAUGAUGCUUCGCCCUUAUCUAGUGAGAGGAGUGAUCAUGAGCUUUUUAUCAGAGGAAAUAGAAUCAUAUGGAGUACAGGCCUUAGAGUUUACAAGAGGUUUAGUCUACCCUCGAAGGUCAUCAAGGUAUGCUGGUGCAGGAUGGGUGAUAUGUCUGAAGCCUUGCUUUGUGUUCUUCAAGUUGAUAGGUUAACUAUCUAUGGAAUAGCAGGUGAAAUGGUUUCUGUCCCGCUUCCGCAUGCCAUUGCAUCAAUAUGGCCUCUUCCAUUUGGUUUACUUCUCCAGCGGGCACCUGAAGGGAGCUUACUAACAAAUAUUUCGUUAUCAUCUUCAAAUCCACUUUUGAGUGCUCGUGAUGUCUUCCGUCCAAAAAGGGAUAUUGGAUAUAGUCCUCAAAAUAAUUAUACUCCGACUCAUAUAUUUGAUUUUACCACAAGGAAUGAUGGGACAUCAAUGCCUUCCCAUCUGAUAUUGAAGGAUCCCUUGGAGGAUCCUCAGAUAACUUAUAUUGAGGAAAGAGGGAAGUUGAAUCUGAUGCGGGAAUUUGAUGAAAGAACAAUUUGGACUAGUGAUUUGGUUCCUCUGAUGGCAUCAUAUAACAAAGGAAAGAUGCAGCACUCCCUUUGGGUGGUAGAAGUCAAUAACUCCAAUCUUGAAGCAGUGAAGUCUAAAUCAUCUGAUUUAAUUACUCCGGCCAUGUCAACAAAGCAUUCUUUCCGAAGGAUAUGGCAGUGGAAGGGUUCACAGACUGCUGCCAGUAAGGUUUUUCUUGCCACCGAUGGUGAUGUUAGACCAAUAAUUUGUUUUCUUCUCCAAGAACAAAAGAAGUUGUUGUCCUUACGAAUUCAGAGCCUGGAGAUAAAUAACGAGAUAGUUUAUGAUAUCAAGCCUGACAUGAGCUGGAGCAUAUCAGCAAUUGCUGCCGCUGCUGUUACCGUUACUCGGCCCAAAGCCAGAGUGGGACAACUUCCCCUUAGGGAUGUCAUUGCUUUGACUCCAGAAAACACACUUCUUCUCCAUUCAGGGAACCUAUGCUUGUGCAAAUACAUUUUGCCUUUCCCUUUGGGUAAGGAACAGUUUUUGAGUGGAAUCAAAGUUUCGGGGACCAACAACAGCAUACAUGAUCUGAAAAUUGUAGAUUUAGCUGAUGCUGUAGAAGGACGUGUGAACAUAGUUCUGAACAAUGGACAGAAUUACAGAUGUACAUUGCGACGGAGUCCUUCAUCAUCUCUAACUAAUGAAUGUAUCACAGCAAUGUCAGAAGGGCUUAGCUCUAGUUUGUACAGUCACUUCCUUGGCCUUCUAUGGGGUGAUGAUGAGUCAACUUAUUUAGCUAAUGCAAAUUCUAGUGCUGAUACAGAAUGGGAGUCCUUCUGUAAUGUGAUAACAAAAAUGUGUCGGAAGCCUAGUACUACCUCCCCAUUAUUGUCAGAUACAGUUUCUCAUUCAUCUUGGGAGUACCUGAUCCAGAGCAAAUACAACCAGCAGUAUCUCAGAAGCAAUUUUGUUGCUGGUGCUUUUCCUGGAUUAUCAUCCGACUUUCAGGGAUUUGAUUCAUCUGGUACUAUCAUAGCUGACACCCCGAAUACGGAGGAAACCUUCUACGUGAAUUUCCUGACUGAAACACUGGACUCCUUGCAUGCAGUGUAUGAAACCCUUAAACUUGACAAUCUCCGUAGAAGGGACUUGGGUCUUCUGGUAGUUCUUUUAUGUGAUAUUGCUGAUUUCUUGCAUGAAGUGAGCUACUUGGAUCACUACAAACGUGAUUUUCCUGGACUUGUGAAAGAACUUGGGAUGUCUCAAAACUUGUUUAUACCAAGAACUCCCCCAAGUUUGUUGAGAUGGCUUGAAAACUGCUUGCAGCAUGGAUAUGGUUUUGCCAGUACCUGUGACCUUCCACCACUGAUCUGUAAAGAUGGAACUUCUAUUGUGAACUGGGCGCGGAAGAUAGUUUCUUUUUAUAGUCUCUUAUCUGGUGCAGAUCAAUCAGGAAAUAAACUGUCAUCUGGUGUUACCUGUAAUAUUGUGCCCGGACUAUAUCGUACUCGGGAGGAGCUUACAGUUUUGGGAAUGGUUGGUGAAAAAUUUGGCUUGCAGCAUUUGGACUUGCUGCCAGCUGGUGUCUCUCUUCCACUGAGGCAUGCUAUAGACAAGUGCCGCGAGUCUCCUCCGACCAAUUGGCCUGCUGCUGCAUAUGUGUUGCUUGGUCGUGAAGAUUUAGCAUUGCUACAUCUGAGAAAUCCCACAAAAUCUGUUGAACUUGACAUCAAGAAGACAAAUUUGAUUUCAGUGUCUACGCCUUACAUGUUACCCCUGCAUCCAGUUACCAUACCUUCCUCGGUUGCGGAUACACUUGAAAUGGACAGUACCAAGCUAGAGGACAUAGAUACUUUUGAGGGAUCUGUGGCAGAUGGAAUGGAGCAUAUUUUUAACUCUAGCACACAGUUACGCUAUGGUCGUGAUCUGCGGCUCAAUGAGGUCAGACGACUUUUGUGCUCUGCAAGACCUGUAGCUAUUCAAACACCUGUUAACCCUACAGCAUCUGAUCAGGACUUCCAACAGACUCAGCUCUGGCAUCUUGCUCAAAGAACUACUGCUCUUCCUUUUGGUCGUGGGGCAUUUACACUGGGUACAAUAUGUACUCUUUUGACAGAGGCACUUACUGUUCCAAAGCUUGUUUUAGCUGGGAGGUUGCCUGCUCAACAAAAUGCAACGGUUAAUUUGGAUCCAAACAUUAGAAAUAUUCAAGAGCUUAAGUCUUGGCCAGAGUUUCACAAUGCUGUUGCUGCUGGCUUGAGGCUGUCUCCUCUCCAGGGAAAAAUGUCUAGAACAUGGAUACUCUAUAACAAACCAGAUGAGCCUAAUGUUACUCAUGCUGGCCUUCUUCUUGCUUUGGGUUUGCAUGGACAUCUCCGGGUCCUAACUAUUACAGAUAUAUUCCAGUAUUAUUCACAGGAACAUGAAAGUACUACUGUGGGACUAAUGAUUGGCCUUGCAGCUUCAUAUAGGGGAACCAUGCAACCAUCAAUUUCAAAGUCUCUAUAUGUGCACUUGCCUGCCCGCCAUCCAUCUUCAUUUCCAGAACUGGAACUGCCAACCCUUAUACAGUCAGCAGCUCUUAUUUCUGUUGGGCUUCUCUACGAGGGAUCGGCACACCCACAAACAAUGCAAAUUCUUCUGGGUGAAAUAGGUCGCAGAAGUGGAGGAGAUAAUGUUCUUGAAAGGGAGGGCUACGCAGUUUCAGCUGGAUUUUCACUAGGACUUGUUGCAUUAGGUUGUGGUGAAGAGGCUAUUGGCUCUACAGAUACCUUGGUGGGUCGGUUGUUCCAAUACAUUGGUGGCAAAGAACUUCAUAAUGAUCGAGUCCCUCUCUUUUCAUCAUCAGCUGAUGAGCACAAUCGAAAUGCUGGACAGAUUAUCGAUGGGAAUCUAUUCAAUAUUGAUGUUACUGCACCAGGAGCUAUAAUUGCUCUUGCUUUGAUGUACUUGAAGACAGAAUCACAGUUGAUAGUGUCUAGGCUGUCAAUUCCGCAAACUAAGUUCGAGUUGCAGUACGUAAGGCCUGAUUUUAUAUUGCUCCGUGUCAUUGCUCGGAAUUUGAUAAUGUGGAGCAGAAUUCAUCCAUCAGAAGACUGGAUUGAGGCGCAGAUUCCUGAAGUUGUCAAAAACGGGGUAAAGGGCCUUGGAAGUGACAUGGAUGAUCAAUAUGAGAUGGACGCUGAAGCAUUUGUUCAGGCAUAUGUCAAUAUAGUGGUUGGGGCAUGCAUUUCUCUUGGGUUGCGAUUUGCUGGUACAAGAGAUGGAAAUGCACAAGAGUUGCUUUACAAAUACGCUGUCUACUUCCUAAAUGAGAUAAAGCCUAUUUGUGUUUCCAAUGGAAUUGGUUUGCCUAAAGGAUUAUCUGUCUAUGUUGACCGUGGGACAUUGGAGACAUGCCUUCAUCUAAUUAGCAAUCCUAUGAAACAGGUAAUGGCUGGAUCUGGUCAUCUACAAACAUUCAGAUUUCUGAAAUUUCUUCGCAAUCGCAACUCUGCUGAUGGACAUGCUUAUUUUGGUACUCAGAUGGCGGUGAGCUUAGCAAUUGGUUUCUUGUUCCUUGGGGGUGGAAUGUGGACUUUUUCAACUAGCAACGGUUCUGUUGCUGCUUUGCUGAUAACUCUUUACCCACGUUUGCCUACUGGACCAAAUGACAAUCGAUGCCACCUCCAGGCGUUCAGGCAUUUGUAUGUUCUUGCGACCGAAGCCCGAUGGAUUCAAACAGUUGAUGUGGACACUGGUUUACCCGUUUAUGUCCCUCUUGAAGUUACCAUUAAGGAAACUGAACUUUAUGCUGAAACGAGUUUCUGUGAGGUCACUCCUUGCAGUCUCCCAGAACGUGCAAUUUUGAAGGCUGUUCGUGUCUGUGGUCCUCGAUACUGGCCUCAGGUUAUUGAGCUUUGUCCUAAAGAAAAACCUUGGUGGAAUUCCGGAGACAAGCAUCACCCAUUUAAUUCAGGUGUUCUAUAUGUCAAAAGAAAAGUUGGGGCUUGUUCUUAUGUGGAUGAUCCCAUAGGAAGUCAAUCUUUGCUUUCAAGAGCAAUGCACAAGAUGAGUGGCUUGACACAACCAAAUUCUGGCCCUGCAAGUUCUGAGUGCACAGGUGCAGUCACAGUAGACCAGUUGGUUAGUACUUUCUCGUCAGAUCCAAGCUUAAUUGCUUUUGCCCAGCUCUUUUGUGACUCAUCCUGGAGUAGCAGAUCCGAGCUCGACUUUCAGGAAUUCUGCCUUCAAGUGUUAUUUGAGUGUGUUAGCAAGGACAGGCCAGCAAUGUUGCAGGUCUAUUUGUCAUUGUACACCACAAUUGGAUGCAUGGUGGAUUCGUUGAUUAGUGGCACUUGCCUUGCCAGUGAUUCGCUCUCCGUUUCUAGUUUGAAGAUUGCUCUGGCAUAUAAUGAAGCUCUCUCCAAUGGAAGAUUAACUACUUCAAGAGGGGAAAUUGUGCAAUCAGUUUUUCUGGGUUCACUCAAGAAGCGAGUUGAAGACCUUUUGAACUCUUUGAACUUGACUGCCGAUUUCCAUGCUUAUACUAUGUUGGGUAAAUGGCCAACUGAUGGUUCCAAUGGAAAGAAAUCCCAGACAAUUCUUUCCUGGUACCUCCAGUGGCAUAGCGUGCCAUCACCGCUAGAUAUUAAAAGAGCUGUGGAGAAGAUUAAUUGCACCAAGAUUCAACCAUCUAUUCCCUUGUUGCGGCUGGUUUUCCCAAGAACUGAUAUUACUGCAAUUGAUGUUAUCAAUAGUUUCUUGGUGUCCUCCAAGGUUGAAGAUUGAAAGAUUUUGCAAUCGUAGUCUGCUAACAAUGAUGGCAAAACCCAGCCACAAGCAGCAUACUCAUAGACGGGAAAUCUGGAUACAAAUAAGCAGCGAAAUUGGACUUUUAUAAGAGAAGGAAUUGGCAUAAUCGGGGUGGCCCAGUGCUGUGUAUUAUAAACAUCAACCUUCUGUUGUUGUAGAUAUAAGAUAUUCUGAUCCCCUCAUCUCAUAUUUAAGGUUGUAAAUGUAUUCUAGAUUCAGGCAUGUUGUAUCACUGGUGAGUAGUCGGUCAUUUGUGUAAUAUAAAGACCACUAGAAAAAAAGCAUAGAUACAUUAUGGUGCAUUUUUGGAAGUUUAAAUCGCUUCAUAACUGUUUGUCAA